GGGCACUUGAAGAAGGCAAUCCCGACGCUAAAAUCACGCACUGAAGACACUUCCUGCAGCACGAAGCCUUAACGUCUUGAUUCGUCGAAGCGCAAACAGGAAUCUUCAAGAUGAGUAGCAAACGGUCCGGCGGCAUAAAAAGAAAAGCGUACGAAGAACCGGAUGUAGACAGUGUGACCCCCGUUAAGCCGGAUCUCUCCGUACUUCGGAGACCGAUUUCGAUCGCGUUGUUUCAACCUCAGAUCUGCGCAUGGCCACCUUCCCUCCCCUCUGGCAUCGAUGAGAUGGUCAAGGUCUCUUUCGGACCCGAGAGUCACGCAUUCGAAUAUCCGAUAGAUGUGCUACGACUAAGCUCGGUUUUGAGUGAUGCUCUGAAUCUUCUCCAGCCUCACAAGACGAUGACCAUGAACAUCGACGAAGACCCUCAGAUCGCAAUCAUACUCUUCGAAAUCCUGUGGAGCGUCAUCAGGCCUCAAGAACAGACAGCCAACCUCAUGCUUGCAUCUCAAGCUUCCGACCUGGUCAAGCUCGCGGAUAAAUACAACGUGUCCGGCCCCGUCCAUACCGCAUACACCCUGCUGAUCAUGCAGGCGGAAGAUAGAGGAUAUUUGAAGACUAUUCAAUCGGCGGCCUUGGCAUACGCCGCCAAUUCGAGGGACCCAUGGCUCUGUCAUUACGUAGCAUCGCGUUUGCAGAUGGGCGAUCCUGCGAACUGGCAAAGAUGCGUAUCCCAGGGCUACGUAUUCGACCAAGGACCAGGAAUCUCUGUGGGCCAAGGCGGCUGGGGAGGUUCCGUGGAAGAAGCUUCUGCAGAAGUGAUCGUUGUCGCGAACGGACACCGCGAUUUGGAAGGUGGAACAUCGCUUGAGUUCCGAUAUUACAAGUAUGCGAUUACAUUACCUGGUGGCAAAUAUGCUCUCGGUACGAAUUUAAGCUCGGAUAGACCUGAAUCCUGUUUCACGCUCGGUCCAUAA